GCAAUCCGGAGACCAAAGUGCCUUGCUGGACAUGGGAACUAUGGCGCUGGUCAACGAGGUACACGGCGAUUUCGUGCCCAGUUGCUCCGAACUCGGUUGGGUCGGCGAUCCAAAGGGCUCGCGGUUGAUGGCAUAUGAGAUGGGCAAGCUGCCCGGAGAGGUGUAUAUCAUCGCCCGCUCCUCGCUCACUGCCCGCGAGGCAAGGCUGAACACUGUUCAAAGCUUGGCAAGAUACAGCACUGAAUACCACCCAUCGGGCUCGCCAGGUUUUUUUUUCGCCCAGUCGUGGCGAGACGCAGCUGCCAUAUCGAAAGGAGGCUGGGCCGAUAUGUCGAAAGUCAGGACUGGAUGCAGCGACAGGCUCGAAUACCUCGCCGGCACCCUCCCCGAGCACUUCCUCCCCUCAGUCGCCGAUGCGCAAGCCGCCCUUCCGGCGCUGCUCGACGGUCGCUAUCCCACCGUGCUCACACACAGCGACCUAAACGAGGUGAAGAUCCUCGUCAGCCCCAGCAGCGGCGAGAUCACGGGCGUCGUCGACUGGCCGGGCACCAUCGACCUCCCGUUCGGCUUCUCGCUCUACGCUCUGGAGAACGCGCUCGGCAGCAUGAACGAUGACGGAUGGACGUGGGGUGACGACGCCGACGAGAGGGGGCAGGUCUUCUGGGACCGCUUGGUGGAGGAGACGGGCUUGUUUGUCAGCGGCCCAGGCCCGGAAUGCUGGUCAGAUAUGGCACCCCAUACAACUGCUUCGCGGGAAUGAUUGGGACGAGGGACGCGAGCGGCGAAGGUGAAUUCCGAUAUUUGGAUGCCUUGGUUGAAAUAGCACAAUUGUAUGAACUCUAAUCAAACGAACCACGCCCACCAUAAAAAAAUACGGCAGUCUUACAACCCGUGCAAAUAUCAAGUAGAAUUGCUAGUACCAGAAGCUUUCUUAUUUUUAUUUUUCUUCCGGUUGUUAUUCCUGUUUGAUUUUGCUUUUAGUUCGUUUUUAUUCUUAUUUUCAAACCAAUUCCUCUUCCG